GUGCGAUAUUGAAGGCCUUCACGGGCUUACUUAGUGCUUGUGCUAAGGAGUUCAGGGCUAAGGGCUGGAGCGUAGGAAGCAUUGGCUCUCAGAACCCCCGGAGGGAACUAACUCCUUUCUUGCAAAGCAGCUUCAUGAGAAAGAAGUGCAGCAAGUACUUUUUUUUUGUUUUGAGAAAGAAGUUGUCUGUGUAUUGGAUCCGCUCUUCUGUCGGAGGAGUUUUGAGCGUGAGCUACCACUCAUGCAGCGGCAAGGACCCUCAACUCUCGAAGGGGCCACCAACCGCCCGAAUCACUAUAGUGUAG